AUGAAGAGUCUCAGGGAGGCCAAGGUACAAUUGCGCCGUACACAUCUUCGAUUGCUGCGUGAGAUGGCGAAGAAUCAUCCAUCAUCUCUCUCUACAGAGUCAGACCAGUUGUGUUCACUUUUGUAUGAACAGAUCUAUAGAUUAAGAUCCUCUCGUGGAUGGAAUACAUCUCUUCUUCUUUGUGCCUACCUCCCUGUAUACUAUGAAAUAGAUCUGUUACCACUUCUACGACGUAUCUGGCAAGAACAACGAGAAGAACAGCAAGAACGAAAAAAUAUAACACCUGUAAAGGUAUUUGUACCAGUUGUAGUUUCUCCACCAAAAGAGUUAGAUAGUAAUAAUAAUAAUAAUAAUAAUAAUAAUAAUAAUAAUAAUAAUAAUAAUAAUAAUAAUAAUAAUACUCAGGAGCCUUUUCCACUUUGUUGGCAACCGAUAGAAACUGCUGCCCAACGGCUUGGGAGUGCUAUGCUCUUUGUACAAGUAUUUAGUGAAGAGGAUAUAUUAACAAAUUUUGAGUGUAGUGGUCAAUACAAGCUAAUGGAACCCAAAGAAAAAGUAAUGAAUCAUUUUUUUCUUGGUGAUAGUUUUGUAGAUAACUGUAAUACCGACCCUACUCUCACACGUCAUUGUAUCGCAUGUGAUGAUUGGAAUUAUUUAUUUCCAAAAUGUGCAAAACCUGCAGAGUGUCUUGAAAUAGAAAGAACUUCCCUUAACGUGGAUAAUUUUACCUCAAUGUUGGUGCUAACUCCUGGAGUGCUGUUUGACCACUCUGGUGGACGUCUUGGAAAGGGUGGUGGUUACUAUGAUCGCUUCCUUCGCUUUAAUUCUGCUAGGGCUACCACAGCUGAGAAUGUGGAGAUGCUGGCAUGGGGAGUGUGUAGAGAAACACAAUUAGUCUCUCCAGGUGAGGCCAAUCUUCCUGUUUGUAUGGAAGAUCCAUCAGGAGAUGGUAUAGUGGACUUUAGGAUGGACGGUGUAAUCACGGCCGCUGGAUUUGUGGAUUGCAGAAGAAAUAGAAUUGGAUAUCAGGCGUAG